UACAAUCUGUCGCAGGCUACACGGGGGAGCUUUGUCUUUGUACUUGAUUACGGGAAUCGAUUCCGCUGUUUCGUGUGGGGGGAGGGAAUCGAUUCUCUCAUUCGGUAACAGAGGCGAUGGCGUGGUCGUUGACGCCGCUGCUGCUGCCGCUGCUGCUGCUGUGGUUGUCCAGCAACGUUGGCCUUCUGGAAUCUUCUCCUCUGUCACAGGAACAUGUGGAUUUACUGCCGGCAUUCAAGGAAUUCAUUUGGAAGCACAACAAGACGUACAAAGAUGAAGGAGCUGAGAAGAUGCGGUACGAAGUCUUCCGGGAAAAUUGGCAUCGGAUUCAAAAGCUGCAGGAAAUGGAGCAGGGCUCUGCAGUGUACGGAAUCACCAAAUUCAGCGACCUUACAGAGGAGGAGUUCCGCGCGCUCCACUUGAACCCGGUUCUGUCGCGGCCCAGGGAAGUCGGUCUCCGUCAAGCCCAGAUCCCCCCAGGUCCCAUUCCGCCGGCGUUCGACUGGCGGGACCACGGCGCCGUCACGGAGGUCAAGAACCAGGGAGAAUGUGGCUCCUGCUGGGCUUUCUCUGUGACUGGAAACAUCGAGGGGCAGUGGGCCAUCAAGAAAGGAAGCCUGCUGUCACUCUCCGAGCAAGAGCUGGUGGACUGCGAUAAGCUGGACUACGGGUGUGGUGGAGGACUGCAGAUGAAUGCUUACAAAACGAUACAAGAGCUCGGGGGGCUGAUGACGGAGAACGACUACUCCUACAAGGGGGACAUGGAGCAGUGCGGCUUCUCCCAGGCCAAAGUCCGGGCGUACAUCAACGGAUCCGUCUCCAUUUCCUCCGACGAAGACGAGAUGGCAGCGUGGCUCGUAAAGCACGGACCGAUUUCCAUCGCGCUCAACGCCCUGGGCAUGCAGUUUUACAAGCAUGGGAUCGCUCACCCGUGGAAGAUUCUGUGUUGGUCGUGGGAACUGAACCAUGCUGUUCUGAUAGUGGGCUACGGCAUAGAGAAAGGCGUGCCGUUCUGGAUCAUCAAAAACAGCUGGGGAGUGGGGUGGGGCGAGGAGGGCUAUUACCGCGUCUUCCGUGGCGACGGGGUGUGCGGCCUCAACAAGGUCUGCUCGUCUGCCGUGGUGGACCGGGAGUGAGCGAGCGUCGGGCACGCGGACGACGCCGUCGCUGGCGCCGUCGCUGGGCUGGGCUCGUUCCCGUACGGCGGUCCGGGGUGGGGAGGUGGGGGACAACCGAGGAUCGCGUGCGUCGAAAGGAAAAGCCCCUUUUUGCUGAUCCGGGUCGUUCUCUCGGUGCCACUUGCUAGGUUUUCGCUGUCGUGGCAUACGACCCUCCACGGGGGGUGGGGGGCAUCUAUCGCAAGAUGUUCGUCACCAUGUCUGACGUUUCGCACCCCCCCCCCACCACCACCCCCCUCGCGUGCUGGGAGCUUCUUGAGGGACAGUUCAGUCGUUCCGGCAACAGAGUUGAAGAGCUUAGGAAGUGAGUUGUCACGUCGGACUGCAUGUUUUAGAACCCGAAAGCACACAGGAGAGAGCGUCACCUUGCUUAUGUAUGAUCUGGAUCUAUUACCGUUUGUGAUGUAGCACUUGAUCAGAGUAAUGUCUUUUGCCAUCUAUGUAUGUGGUGACAAAUGUGUUCUCAACUUGCUUUGCUCUUGAUAGGGAUCAUUCGCACAGACCCCCUCUGCGUUGUUUAUCAUCUGAAUCUUUUCCGAUUCAGAGACGUCCGGCAAGUCGCAGGGGUGGGUCCCGUUCAUCGCCGAUACUCGGAACGUGCAAGCGGUUGGGCGUUAAAUGAGCCACCUCCAUAAAUAGCAACCGACUCAAACUCCCGAUGCAAGUUAGACGGGAAUAAUUCGGAGAGGGGAAACACAAAUACGGGAUUCGGAAAUGUUCAUGGCUCGAAUUAUGAAUCCAAUUUUUUCUUACUAUUUUUACACGAGCAUAAUUAACUUUAUGUGGGGGGUGGGGGCGUUUUAACGCAACACGACGAUGUGACAACAGAGGCAUGUGGUAGGAAGCCCGCGGUCAGAAUUCCCCCGCGGCUUUUUGGAUGACGCAAGACGCUCAAUUAUUGCAUGAGCAAGCAACUUUAAAUUUGGAAGCACUUAAACAGCAGAGCGUAGGAGAUGGGGUGUGUAGCCCACGCAAGUUAAUUAGGGCCUCUGGGGGACUGACACCGCAAUAUGUUCUUCGCUGAUAGUGAAUUCUUUAUUUACGCUCGACGCACUGAUUAUUGUUAUAUGCCAAGUCUUGCUUCAAGUACUGUUCUGCGCCAGUUGGAAAUUGGCUCCCUGGUCAGUACGUGCCACCCACUGGGCUAUGCAAACAUGCGAUUUGUGCUGAUCGUGCAGAAGUAUUUUCAUUUUGUAAUCAAUAUUGGCUAUAAAUUGUGUUGCAUUGUUCGAGAUGACAGAAUAAGAAUUUCCUUACGGCCUACAAGCGGGGCCAGGUGAUUGUAAAGAUAAUCAUACAAGGUUUCAGCAAGCAGGACCGUAAUUGCGCCGUCAAACACUAGGUAUUCGCGAUUGUGCUGCUGGUUUUUGGAUUGAUCAAAAUGUCCACUAUUCAGGCUGUCACGGGACAUGCCAAGGCAUCAUGGUCAGAGUAAUGCCUUUUGCCAUCUAUGUAUGUGGUGACAAAUGUGUUCUCAAUUUGCUUUGCACUUGUUAGGUAGAGGUCAUUCAUCUGAAUCCUUUCCAAUUCAGAGACGUCUGCAAGUUGCAGGGGUGGGUCCCGUUCAUCGCUGAAUCUCGGAACGUGCAAGCGGUUCGGCGUUAAUUGUAUUUAGACAGGCGUAGCGCCAUUGAUUUUAAAGACGUUUUACUCACCGCAGAGAACCGUAGCGACACGACCGCCACUCUACGAUAGCUGGCGCCAAACUGUCCCACAGGCCCUCCCGCAUGGCCUUGUGGGAGCCUCUGUACCGAUAAAGUUAUUUCAUUUUAGUUUUCCUUUUUUAUUCCAUUUCGAUCAUGUACACGUACGUCAUCGGAACGAAAUCAGAAGAAAAACUGAUGACGCACACGGAUUGGGAAAGGGUUUUUUUUACUCGGUUUUACUGAUGUGCGUUGGAGGGAGGGUGGGUUACACGAUCGGCCACUAUACAAAGUGCGAGCGUGUUUUACCGAAAGAGCACUUGGGAGCGGUGACAAUGGUUAGCAUAUCGCACUGCGAACCUGCCGAUCAGAGUUCUAUUGCCAGCCGCGGCCAAAAUCGGUGGCGAGUGAUAUUGGGAAUCAGUCCUACCCCCACCCCCAACCAUUCACCAACCUGCACUGACCAGCGUGGUUAGAAACGCACGUCCAUUUCUGGUGUGCGGAUGCCUUCAUUCACUCACUGGUGGAUUGAAAUGGCUGGAGUGGAUUGCAUUCUUUAUUAUUGCCAAGAUGUUUCAUCGCUUUCCAAAGUGACCGAAUUUAUACCCAACGCAGCCAAGAGGGGGCAGCACUGUCAAAAGUAUCCUGGCCAGGCUACUUGCCGAACCACGGCACGUUGACUUUGGAAUCUCACAAUCUCCUGUGGACCCUGUGCCGUUUGCAAAUGACGUACAUCAACAUCUACUCCCUUCUCGUCAUGUAUCUCCCAGCGCUCGACACAAUCGUCGGUGUUACUUUUCCAGCAAUUUUUAACGGGCCCGUGCCGGAUAAGGGGUCGUGCAUAAAUGACGUCACGCACCUGGGGGGGGGGGUGGGGUCAGACAUUUGUGACGAUGUGUGACUAGGGGGGGGGGGUGUUUGAGAAAUGUGACGUCACAUCAAAAUGCGCAACUUUAAAUAAAUAUAGACAACACGUUCUACUUCAAUCGGAAUAAAAACUGACGACGUACACGUCAUCGGAACGGGAAAGGGUUUAAUUGGCCAGAACUUGACCGAUACAUAGGCAACGUGUAGAACAACAUCUUGGUAAACGCGACGAUCUCGCCCUGAGGAUCGUGUCGGGCUACUACCACGUGGCCCAAAAGGAAAUCGGGGUCAUUGUAUAUACUCCACACUGCGGGUCCGUUUAUGGUAAAAUAUUUCCACAUUUAACUUUUCAUUAAAAUGAAAAUCACACAGAACAGCAUGCUUCACGCUUUUUCAUUGGUGACAUGGAAUUGUGGGGUGACUGUAGACUUGGGUUGUUUUUAACUAUAUCGGUUCUGUUGAUUGCUUGUAUUGAGGCGAAUUUAAUAGUACUGCUGUUAAGUCAUCGUGUAAUUGUAGUCGUAGUAAUAGGUUUUUACCCUUUUAUCUGGUUCAAAAACUGACACCUUUAUACAAGGGAUCAUGUUUGCAAUAACCACAACACAAGCAGUCAAAAUGUAAACAAAAAUAAACAACUCCGAUAAUGAUAUGCACUGUCCUUGAAGUUGAUUGGUUCACACCCGAGACAGCUUUUCUUAGAGCCUAGUCUCCAUUGGUGUUGGACCAGAUGACGCCAGUGUCAUCGUGUAAUAGUUUAGAUUCAUGUGACGCUGUUUAACUAGGGGCCUGAACACUGGGAAUAUUACGAUGAUCUUUGGUUCUUUUGGUAAAGUCACUUAGGUGAAUUUUUUUUAUUUAAUCACGACGUUUCGAUUGCAACACAAGCAAUCAUUUUUUUUACUGAAGUAAGCACUUAAGUAAAACAAAUUAUUGCUGUGGUUGUCACACCUGAUGACGAUUGCUUGUGUUGUAAUCGAAACGUCGUGAUUCAAUUUAUUUAUUUUUAAUUUUUUUUUAAAUUUCACCUACGUGACUUUACCGAAAGAACCAAAGUAUGGAUCCUUGCAGUCACGAAAACUUCAAAUCUAGAAUAUUACGAUUAUAGGGUUUGCCACUCAAGAGUAGCGUUCUUCAAGACAGUUUUGAACAGCGCUGCGUUUGAGUUCGCAUGGGUACGUCAAUUACCAAGGGCAGUGCGUUUGCAGUGGGGUUUUUUAAGAUACAAUGUUUUACAGAAAAAAAUACAGGUUUUUUCAAGUGAUGUUUUGCGCUCAUGUAAUACGUUAUAUACAUUAACGAUGAUGGUUUCAUUUAUGUUGGCGACUAAUCGGUAGCAAUUAUUAUAACAAUGCAAGCCUGUUAUGACAAGUUGAUUAAAUGAGUUGUUAUUUACUGCACUCGCAUGCUAUGUGAGAACAUUUCUAACACAUUAAAAUCUCAAAGUAUGCUUCCAUUA